AUGCCAGACCAGCACUACUACACUGUAGUUUUCCCCUUCAGCACUGAUCGCAAGCGCGUUCUGCUGGGGCUGAAGAAGAGGGGCAUGGGCGAGGGCCUGUGGAAUGGGUUUGGCGGAAAGCCCGAGCCCGGCGAAACAAUGGACCAGUGUGCGAUCCGCGAACUACAGGAAGAGUCGAGUCUGACGGCCACCGCUAUGGACCGUGUCGCGGUGCUCAUCAUGAGGCUCGAGAGCGGGCCUGAGCGGGUCAUUUUCGUGUACACUGUCACAGGCUUUUCCGGCGACGUGUGCGAGUCCGAUGAGAUGCGGCCUCGGUGGUUCGAUUUGGAGAACCUGCCAUAUUCGCAGGCAUAUACUGAGGCGAGGAUCUGGUGGCCAUAUAUGCUUGCGGGUAGAACAUUCGUGGCCGACUUUACGUUUAACGAUGAUAGUAUCGUGCGGCAAGAGUGUCGCGAGGUCCAACAGCAGGAUCUGGAUACCUAUCUACCAUAA